UUUCWCUUGGAAAUACCUUUGAAAGUGGCUUAGGUGUUUACACAAUGCUGAUGUUGAGAACUACGUUGUCAGAUUUGUGAAGGAAGAGUCUGAAAUAGAGUGCUUGAUGUGAGCCCAUCCAUGACCAGUCCUGAAUAAUUUCCAAGGGUCCUUUUCUCCUGAGCAUCAUCUUUGUGUUUGAAGUUACAUACUUCUGAUGGCUAUCAUCUCCCCUUUGUCCACACUGACAAGGAAGCUUGUUUGGGAUGCUGUAACACUGAGAAGGUCCGUAUUGCUUACAACUGUAUGUCAGAAAAGAUUUCUAGCUCAUUAUCUGGCCGCUGCUGCUGAUUUUCCAAUGAAGUACAUCCUGGUUACCGGUGGCGUCAUCUCAGGCAUUGGAAAAGGGAUCAUUGCAAGCAGCAUUGGCACCAUACUGAAAUCAUGUGGUCUCCGUGUCACUGCAAUCAAAAUUGAUCCUUAUAUAAACAUAGAUGCUGGAACCUUCUCGCCGUACGAACAUGGUGAAGUUUUUGUACUGAAUGAUGGUGGAGAAGUUGACUUAGAUUUGGGAAAUUAUGAGAGAUUCUUGGACAUUAGUCUGUAUAAAGAUAACAACAUCACCACUGGGAAGAUAUAUCAGCAUGUCAUCAAUAAAGAAAGACACGGGGAUUACCUGGGAAAAACUGUGCAAGUUGUUCCGCACAUCACUGAUGCGGUUCAAGAAUGGGUAAUGAAUCAGGCAAAAGUUCCAGUGGAUGAUGACAGAAAAGAACCACAGAUAUGUGUUAUUGAGCUGGGUGGAACUAUUGGAGACAUUGAAGGAAUGCCGUUUGUUGAGGCRUUUAGACAGUUCCAGUUCAAAGCAAAGAGAGAUAACUUCUGUAAUAUCCAUGUUAGUCUGGUACCACAGCCUAAUGCCACUGGUGAGCAGAAAACCAAACCAACACAGAACAGUGUCCGAGCAUUGAGGGGCUUAGGUUUAUCUCCAGAUUUGAUUGUCUGCAGAAGUGCUAAACCUAUAGAAAUGGCAGUGAAGGAAAAGAUCUCCAUGUUUUGCCACGUGGAGCCUGAACAGGUGAUAUUUAUCCACGAUGUUUCUUCCACUUACCGGGUACCAAUCCUGCUGGAGGAACAAGGCAUUAUCAAGUAUUUUAAACAGCGAUUAAAUUUACCUAUUGAUGACCAGCCAAGUGAUCUUUUAAUGAAAUGGAAGAAAAUGGCUGACAGGUAUGAAAGGUUGCUGAAGGUGUGUUCCAUAGCUCUCGUUGGCAAGUACACAAAACUAAGUGACUGYUAUGCAUCUGUUUUCAAGGCCCUGGAACACUCAGCGCUGGCAAUUAAUCACAAACUGGAUUUAAUGUACAUAGACUCGAUAGAUCUUGAACGUUCUACAGAAGUUGAGAACCCGGUGAAAUAUCACCAGGCCUGGCAAAAGCUGUGCAAAGCAGAUGGCAUUCUUGUCCCAGGAGGGUUUGGGAUUAGGGGAACAGAAGGCAAACUCCAAGCUAUCUCCUGGGCAAGGACAAAGAAAAAACCUUUUCUGGGAGUUUGCUUAGGAAUGCAAUUAGCAGUUGUGGAGUUUGCAAGGAACUGUUUGAACUGGAAAGAUGCAAAUUCUACAGAAUUUGACCCUGACACAAAAAAACCUGUUGUCAUUGACAUGCCAGAACACAAUCCUGGAGAUAUGGGUGGAACUAUGAGACUGGGGAAGAGGAAGACUGUUUUUAAAACACCAAAUUCUGUUUUAAGAAAACUUUAUGGCGAUGAAAUGUUUGUAGAGGAACGGCACAGGCAUCGAUACGAGGUGAACCCAGAAUUGAUUUGCAGCUUUGAAGAAAAAGGUUUGAAAUUUGUUGGCCACGAUAUGGAGGGGAACAGAAUGGAGAUUAUUGAACUGGAAAAUCAUCCAUAUUUUGUGGGAGUUCAGUUCCACCCAGAGUUUUCCUCAAGGCCUAUGAAACCUUCACCUCCGUACCUAGGACUGUUGCUUGCAGCAACAGGGACRCUCAGUGCAUACUUGCAACGUGGAUGCAAAUUGUCUCCGAGAAAGAACGACAGCUACAGUGACCUCAGUGAUGACAGUUCUCCAGAAAAAGAGUUUCCCAAUUCAAGAAUAAGCUAAAAUGAUUGUAUGAGACCACAGAAGUGGGUGAUGCUAUUCAGAAAGUUGAAGCAGGACAAUAUUGUACAGAAGAAAGUAGAAGUUGCUUAACUUCCUUAUGGUAUCUUCCCCAUGCUAUUUUCAAAAAAUCUCUGUACAGAAGAAAAUUGUAUUGUCCCAUAGCAAAAACUUUUCAGUAUGUGUGAAUUCUGUUUCUCUUUCAAAUUAUAUAAAUGACUGUUUGUCUUAGCUGUUAAUUGUUAGUGAUCUUGUCCUAUAUUUCAGACUGAUCUCAGGUGAAURUGUCUUAGUUCACUAGCUCACAGCUGUCCUUGAUUUGCAGGAAAGAUUCUUUACUUUCAGUUGGUCUUAGAGCAGUAAAAUAAAAUAGAUUCAUUCU